AAAAUUUCCUUGCCAUAGCUGUCAGCCUAGCCAAACUGUCACUGCACCGGAAGUCGCCUCGACGAAAGCUGAUCUUUGAGUUUGUUCCGCCUUUGACAGCUCUUUUCCAUCACAAGUAUGGCUCCGAAGAAACCGUCUGAGAAGUCCGCAGGCCAACCGGCCGAAAAGAAAGAGAAGAAGCCAGCCGCGGCUGCUGCUGCUUCCGGAUCCGGUGAGAAGAAGGCUGCUCCGGAGAAGAAGCCAGCUGCCGAGAAGAAACCAGCGGAAAAGAAGCCCGCUGAGAAGCGUCCGGCCACCGAGACCAAGGCUGCCCCAGAGAAGAAGAAGGCUGCUGCCGGAACCGAAAGCAAGAAGGCUCCAGCUGCGGCCCCUAAAGCCGAUGCCAAGAAGAAGGAUGCCGGCAAGGCCAAGGGAGCUACCGCUGCUGCUGCCGGUGCCAAGAAGGCUGCCCCAGCAGGUGCUAAGAAGGCCGCCGAUGGCAAGGCUAAGACGGCCAAGGCCGGAGACAAGAAGGCUGCACCAGGAGCUAAGAAGGCGGGAGCCACUGCUGCCAAGAAGGUUGUCACUGGAGACAAGAAGGUUGUCGCUGGCAAGAAGAAGACUGUCCCCAAGAAGAAGGGCUCUGCCACGACCGCCAAGAAGGGAGCCGCCGGAGUGAAGAAGCCGGUUGCCAAGAAGGUCCCCAGCACCAAGGGAGACAAGAAGGCUAUCCAGGCUAAGGUGCAGAAGGGUGCGGCCAAGGCUCGUGCUGCUGCCAUCCUGCGGGCCAAGCGUACCAAGACCAAGGUCGUCAAGGGACCGUUCGGAACGGCUCUGCGCAAGAUCCGCACCACGGUCAAGUUCCGUCGGCCACGCACCCUGCGGCUGCCGCGUAAUCCCAAGUUCCCGAGGAAGUCGGUACCCACCCGUAGUCGCAUGGACGCCUACAACAUCAUCAAGUACCCGCUGACGACGGAAGCGGCGAUGAAGAAGAUCGAGGACAACAACACCCUGGUGUUCCUGAUCCACCUGCGGGCCAACAAGAACCACGUCAAGGCCGCAGUCAAGAAGCUGUACGACAUCAAGGUGUCCAAGAUCAACACCCUGGUGCGACCGGACGGCAAGAAGAAGGCCUACGUGCGGCUGGCCCGGGACUACGACGCGCUCGAUAUCGCCAACAAGAUCGGUAUCAUCUAAGAAGCGACAAGGAGCGAUAUUUUAUGUUUCGAUUAUAUUUUUCCAAUUUUCUUAACUUGUAAGAAACAAAUGAAGCAGAGCCUGAUGAGCACUCGCAGGAGCGAUUGCGUUUAGAAAAACCAAGGAAAAAAGGGAGAUGAAAUAUAAAAAAAAUCUACAAAAUCUAA